AUGAAUCCAGUCGCGAACGUUCAUACGUAGUACGCAAGCUGGAUUUGACGGUUCCUCGUGGCGGUUCUUCCGUGAACAGGCUGACAGAGUUGAGCGUUUGGUUAUCCGAACAUUUAUGUGAUAACGCCGGCCAAAGUACUCAUGGUGUCGGUUAUGCAGCCGUUCAUGGACAUCGAGAGCUCGAGGAGCUAUAUCGACGAGCUCUAUUCACCGGACCAGCAGAAAUGUCUGGAAGCGAUUAUAUGUCUGAAAAAUUCCGUGAUCGGCAGCAAUCGACAGAAAGGUUCGGUAAUAGCUCAAGGUGUUGUGCCCCGGCUGUUGCAAUUGCUUGGCGAUCCCAGCGGUACCAUCAGCGAUCGUAUAAGGUUGGAAUCAGCGGUAACACUGGGAUCCUUAGCCAAGGGAACAGAUCAGCAUGUACUAGCGCUCAUAGAUCUAGGUGUAAUUCCAUUUCUCCUCGGAGUUAUGCUCACUGUACCAAUUCCUGAAGUCUUCACGGAAGGGAAAGCGAGUAUAGCCGAUCUUUUACACGAGGCCUGUUUGCGAUGCUUGCGCACGAUAUUCCAGCACACAGCAGCGCCAGUUCAGGCGAUAUAUCGUGAUCCGGCGAUAAUACCGCGAUUGUUGUCCCUGGCUAGUCGAUCGGUUACUUGUCAAGUAUGCGUGGCGACGAUUCUCACGACAGCUUGUAAGACGGCGGACGAUCAGAACGCUCUGUCGAAAGGUGGAGCCGUAGAAACAUUGGCGCUGCAGUUGGAUUCUCCGCUUUCUGACGUGCAAUUACCGGCUCUGGCCUGUUUAGCGAACAUGUGUUACCAAAACCAAAUGGUCUCGUCGAUGGUGGCGCACGCCAACACCAUCAACAAUGCUGUGUCAUCUAAAGUGGUGCCGGUAGCGUUGGGACAAUUGAUGGGGCGCGAAAAGAAUUCGCUGAUACAGCUCGAGGCAGCUAGAUGCGUAGCAUACAUGCACAGAGCUGGAGCAUUGGAGUCUACAGACCCACGUGUUGUAUAUCGCGCUUUACCCUGUCUCGUAAGACUGUGUCACCGGGAUCGACCACCACGUGAGAGGGUCGCCGCCGCGGAAACGCUCGCGUACCUCACCGAGGUUGAUACGGAUUUGCAACGUUUAGCCUCGAUUAGCAAUCAUCUGAUACCGACGUUGGCCGAACUGUUGCGACCGCAUCCGCAAGUGCAAGAUGCAGCGCUAACACAAGACAUGCGACAAGCUGCAUUUAGAGCAUUCGCGUCUCUCGGUGCUAAUGAUGAGGAUAUACGGAAGCGUAUUAUCGAGACCGAAAGUCUUAUGGAACAAGUAGUAUCUGGUCUUCAAGAUCCUGGCGGAUCCCGUGUUCGUUUAGCCGCGGUUAGAUGCUUGCAUUCCCUGUCGAGGAGUGUGCAGCAACUUCGUACCACGUUUCAAGAUCAUGCAGUGUGGAGACCGUUAAUGCAGUUGUUACACGGAGCGGAGAAAGGGUUGGAGGGUAGAGGCGAAAGUGAAGAUGAUUUGUUAACUGUUGCCUCGAGCACUUUAUGUAACUUACUGUUGGAGUUUAGUCCAAGCAAAGAGCCGAUUCUCGAGUCCGGCGGAGUCGAGUUGUUGUGUUCUCUCACUAAACGACCCGACCCGGCACUCCGACUGAACGGGAUUUGGGCGCUGAUGAAUGUGGCUUUUCGAGCGGAGCAACGGGUUAAGUCGCAAAUACUCUCGUGCCUGGGUACUGAUCAAAUCUUUCGUCUCCUGGCCGACCCGGAAUUAGCCGUUCUCAUGAAAACGCUGGGCCUCUUGCGAAAUUUACUCUCUACUAAAGCUCACAUAGAUCGCAUUAUGGGCGAGCAUGCCGCUCACGUUAUGCAGGCGGUUAUAUUGGUACUGGAGGACCCGGAACAUCCGGCAGACGUCAAGGAACAGGCUCUCUGCAUCCUAGCGAAUGUUGCGGACGGCGAUCGAGCCAGAGAUCAUAUCAUGGCUAACGAGGACGUGCUUAAGAAACUUAUGGAUUAUAUGAUGCAUAGCAACGUAAAACUGCAAGUUGCGGCAAUUUUUUGUGUGUGCAACCUAGUCUGGAGAGAGGAACCUGGUGCUGCGCAACGGCAAGCGCGUCUCAGAGAAUUAGGCCUUUAUCGUAUUUUGCAACAGCUACGUCACACGAAAGACUCUCAAUUGUUUGAUAAAGUCAAGACUGCCUUGGCACAAUUCUACGAUGCUUGAACUUCGAAUAUACCGGCAAAAUGAAGUUUAGGUCUUGACUUCGUCUCUUUUUUUUAUAUUUGAAGUACGUUACGAGUUUAGUGUUAAGACUGUGAUCACUUCUCGGUUGAUGUAUAAGUGCUCGAAACUUAUAAGUAAAGCGAACAAACCGAUAGUUCUGAGCCUAUGCCUGUAAUCUGUUCGACGUAUAUUUAUUUAUAAUUUAAGUAUAUAUAAAUAUAUAGAGAGAAAGAGAGACACACAAUGCGCGCAGUGUAACUCGUUCGCUUAUAUUGAGAGAAAUGUUUGAUAUGUAUUAAUCUCGUUAGCUUACAAGCAGAGGCUUCAGACACGAAUUAUCGUAUGCAAUAAGAAAGAAUUAAAGGGACAAGUAACAACUUGAAAUAAAUAGGAAGCAAAUACA